GCCACAAUUACUUUAACUCCACAAUUCCAAGCUAUCUUUAUAGUCUUAAUAAUCUUGAAAGUAUGAGUCUUAGCUCAAAUCAUUUGCACGGUGUCUUAUCAAGUGCCAUUGAAAAUCUAACUUCUAUGGUUGAUCUUGACCUAUCAUAUAAUGCUUUAGAAGGAAAAAUACCACCAGCUAUGAGAAACUUAUGAAAUUUACAAAGUAUUUCAUUGAGUGGAAACAAAUUUGAGGGAGAAAUUUCAGAAGCCCUUGACAGGAUGAUAGGUUGCAACCCAAAAAGAAUUACAUCGCUGAGUUUGGAUGGAAAUUUCUUUUCUGGUCAACUAAAAGAUGACAUCAUUGAGAAGUUUGAAAAUCUAACCUCUUUUUCUGCUUAUGGUAAUAUGCUUUCGGGUCUCAUUCCUCAUUCUCUUGGGAAACUAUCAGCAUUAAAAUAUCUAUUUAUUGGUGGCAACCAAUUCAAUGGAUCUCUGCCUGAAAGUUUUGGAUCGCUCUCUGCCUUAGAACAACUUGAUAUUUAUGAGAAUCUUUUGAAAGGUGUUGUGUCCGAAAUCCACUUUUCCAAUCUCACAAACUUGCAAGUUUUAGUUGCUUUUGACAAUUUAUUGACACUAAGAGUAAGUCCUCAUUGGAUUCCACCCUUUCAGCUUUCAAUGAUAUAUUUAAUAUCUUGGAGACUAGGUCCCUAAUUUCCAAACUGGCUCAAAUCACAAAAUCAUCUAUAGACUAUUGACUUGUCCCAAACUGGAAUUUCAGAUGCCAUUCUCAAUUGGUUCUGGAAAUUAUCAACAAGUUUUUCAUACUUGAAUCUCUCUCAUAACCAAAUUAGUGGGAGUAUUCCCAAUAUGGAUUUUAAUUCUAGUUCUUUUUGCAUGAUAUACCUGAGCUCCAAUAAACUUGACGGCCCUUUACCUCGUAUAUCUUCUUCUAUAACAGAGCUAGAUCUUUCUAAUAAUUCCUUAUCUGGGGAUAUUUCCCAUCUUUUGUGUGAUCAGCCAAAUGAUGUGCCCAAAAAAUUAAAAAUUCUUCAUCUUGGAGACAAUGAUUUAUCAGGCAACAUUCCUGAUUGUUGGAUGUACUGGUCAUCACUGGAGGUGAUAAAUUUGAGUAAUAAUCAUUUGACUGGGCAAAUUCCAAAGUCUGUAGGAUCUCUACAUAAUUUGAAAUCCUUGCACCUUCGUAAUAAUAGUCUCUCAGGAGACAUACCUAUAUUCCUUCAGCAUUGUACAAAUUUAAGUGUUAUCGACCUUGGUCUAAAUAACAUUGUGGGAAGUUUACCAAAUUGGAUAGGAAUUAGUCUUUCCAAUCUAAUGUUUCUUGGUUUUCGUUCAAACAAACUAAGCGGACAUAUUCCAUUUGAACUUUGUCAUCUUAAUCAACUUCAGAUUCUUGACAUUGCUCAUAACAAUUUAUUUGGAACCAUACCAGGAUGUUUUGGAAACUUUAAAGGCAUGAUCAAUAAACCCCAUUCGAAUGACCUCAUCUUUUAUUCCCAAUAUGGGGGUGUGUUUAUGGAAAACGGAUAUGUGGUGACAAAAGGAAGGGAAGAUCAAUACAACACAAUCUUGAGAUUGGUGACUAACCUAGACCUUUCAAAUAACAAUCUAUCAGGAAAUUUCCCAAUACAGCUGACACGUCUCCAAGCAUUAAUGUCUCUCAAUCUAUCAGGUAAUUCUCUCAAAGGAAGUAUUCCUGAUCAAAUUGAAAAUAUGAUCAUGCUGGAAUCUUUUGAUCUCUCAAUGAACCAACUAUCUGGAAUGAUACCUCCAAGUAUGUCAAGUUUGACUUUCCUGAAUCACUUGAACUUGGCAUACAACUACUUGUCUGGAGAAAUUCCUACAAGCACCCAAUUGCAGAGCAUGGAUGAAUCUUGCUAUAUUGGAAACCAACUUUGCGAACUUCCACUCCUGAAAAAGUGCAGAGAAGAUCAUGAGAUAACACCUAACGAUACAAGCACUGAAGAUGAAGAAGAAAAAUACUGGUUUCGAUUGGGCAUAGCGGUCGGAUUUGGAGUUGGCUUUCUAGGUAUCAUUGGUCCUUUGUUGGUCUGUGGUUUCUGAAGACAUGCUUACUUUUGGUUCUUCAAUGAGUACAUGUGGUACAAGAUUGAGGAUUGCUUUAUCAAAGUAAGGUACAAGCUGCAAAAUUAGAAGGCUCAAUCAUGAUGAAUACUGGUUCCGAUUGGGCAUAGGAAUGGGGUUCGGAGUGAGCUUUGUAGGUGUCAUUGGUCCGUUGCUGGUUUGUGGAUUUUGAAGGCGUGCAUACUUUUGGUUUUCGAAGAAUAUAGGUGGAACAAGUUUGUGGAUUACUUUAUCAAAGUAAAGUACAUAUUUUAAUAUUAUUUGGGUCAAUCAUGGUUUAAAGUCUUUUGUUAUAAGACAGGGUUCUGUUCAUUUUGAACUAUUGGCUGUAAUGUUUCUUGGUUUCCUUGAACUCAGAAUACUUGUUUGCAUAUAUUUGGUUGCUUGGUCUUUUA